GCUGCGCGCGCGCGGGAGCUCCGCUAUAAACCUCAAUGUACAGGAAAAGCUCUGUAUCUCAGAAAUGGAAUUUCUGUAGCGGCAUCUACUCAAGGUUAUUUUGGUUGUUUACACAGUAUAUUCUUUGACAGGAAAAAGCAAAUCUGAAGAUAAGAGGGCCUGUAAAAAUACAGAUGGGAAACCUUUGAUCGGCCGCCUGUCAUUAUUAAAGACAGUGUGCAGUAGACUGUUCUGUAAUCACGAACUACUUUGCCUGCAUUUACAAGCUAAAUCAAAAAGGCAAGAAAAAUUGUGUUGUGUAAGGGGCUGUUUACGUGGAGUGAGGAAGAUCCUAGUACCAAGGAGAUCCUAAAGGGCGGAUCAUCCUAGCACCAUACGUUUUCUGUAUUCAGUUUACAUGCAAAGGGAUGUACUUCUCCCUAGCACUAGGAUCUUCCUACACUAGCACCAUGUAAACUGCUUUCACUAGGAAGAUCCUAGUACUAGGGACAAACAAAACAAACAUGGCAGCCGGUUGCGAAGUUGGAGGCAAAGGAAACAAAGGGCAACAAUUUCGUUUUUCUUUAACAGGAGCCAACGAUGAUGAUGAAUCCGACUUCCACAGAUAUUCGGGACUGGUUGUGUUCCAAAGAUAUGCUUCUAUUGCAGCAGAUCAGGAACAAAGUGCCCCGGGAAGUGAGCAAUUGCCCGAUUGCUUGAAUGAUGCUGCGUCGAGUCAAAACCCAGAUGAUUGUAGACCAGAGGAGUGACCAAGAGGUCAGUUCCCUGCAGCCUCCCGCAAAAAAAAGCAAGAUCAAAAAAGGAGCAGUUUCUACGGUUUCUGCCAACAAGAAAUGGAGUUGGAAAGACGAACAUGUUGAAGCACUCAUAGGUUACAUCAAGGAUUACAAGACCUUGUGUGAUUUUAAGUCAAUAGACUUUGAGGCGGACCUGAAAGAAUUGUACAGCGCAGUUUGCUCUUCCAUGGCGCAUAGGUUUCCGAGUGAAUUUGGUCCAGACAAAGUUACAGAACCCUCCACUUGUGUGAAAGACUGACACGUUUUCUGAAGAGUAUGAGUUGUACAAGGAAACCAGCAAAAUUAUGCAGGAAAAGACAAAAUUUCCAGAGCCUAUGAGCGUAUCAAGUCAAAGAUCAAAGGUAUCCGCCAGGACUAUAGAACUGCCAUCAGUAAGGGAACAAGAAGUGGAAGUAGAAAGAUAAAGAAGGAACAUUUUGAUACCCUGUGUGACAUUUGGAGUCGCUCUCCAGCUACAGUAAUGCUGCCAGAAGGUGUUGAUGGUGACAGUCUGACAGUAACCAGUGACAAUGAAGAAACUAACCAGAGAGAAAGAAAGGGGUGAAGCUGCUGUAAUUAACCAUGGCAGAUAAAGCUUGAAAUUUAAAAGGUGCUGAGGAACUAAAUAGAUAAACUGAAUUUUUCGAGUUAACCCCUGGCUGAGUUAAGACCUUGUAAUUGUGUAAUCAGUUUUACAGGAUAAGUUAAUUAAAGGAGAGAAGAAAAAAGCAAUCAGAAAAAAACAAACAAAAAGAAACCAAGCUGACAGUUGAUGUUCCCUGACAGAGAGUGAAAGUUCUUGAGUGCUGUCAGGCAGUUGAUGCCCCUUUCAUUACAGUGCAUGUAAACCACUUUAAAUUUGAAUUCAAGAAUUCACUAAUAAAUUCUAUUAUUACAGUCAAGGCAGGUCAAACUUAUCCCCAAAGAAUCCAUUAAUAAACUGAUUAUUUGAAAUAAUGAAUUCAUUAGUUGUAUCCAAAUUCAGGUCUGCAUUCCUGCAUCUUAAUGAGCAGUAAAUUUUUGACUACAACUUUUCUGUAAAGGGGUUAGAUUGAAAAAUCUUUUAAUGGAUAAAAUUGCUACGAGCACAUUACAGUAUAUCAAGUUCAAGAAAACUGAGCCCGUACAAAUUUCAUAUCGAGGGAAAUUGACCUCGCGUGUGAAUUCACUGGUCAUUACUAUGCAGGAAUGUGGAGAUGAAUCUAAAAUCUACAACUACUAAGGGAUUCAACUUUUAAAUAAUCGAUUCAUUACUGGAAUCUUGGGGGUACACUUAACCUGCCUUGACUGUAAUGGUUUUAACAUAGGAGUCAUGUCACAGGUAUAAGGUCAGGUGAUCCUUUAAUUAAGGAAAGAUGAGUACUGCGCAGGAUUUUUUUUUGAAAUAUCAUUCGCCAACAACAGUCCUCAAUUCAGGACAAUAGAAGAAUCACAUACGACUCAUAUUAUUAUAUUGUAAUUAUCAUAAUAAUAAUAAUAUUAUUUGUUAUUAUUAUUUCUUGGCUGACCAAUUUGCUAGAAUCAUCAUUUUUUAUGGAGAUCCAUUGAAUGGUAGAUAGGUAGUUCUGUGCUAUAAGUUGUUUGAUGAACUGCCCUUUCACAUAAAUUUUCAGAACCGGAAUCUAUCACUGAGCAAACUUGUUCAACUUCCACAUGCCAUGAAAACGAAACAGGAGAACAGAAAAAUACCCAAGUGUCUUUGUCAGUAGUUCCUCGGUUAGUGGAUAAUAAAUGAAAGCAGAAGGAGAAGGCACUUUCUAAAGCCAAGUGUGAUCAGAUUUUAACGAAUUCAGCAAAAGAAGACCUAAUCAUGAAGAAGCAAAUGAUUGCCUGACUUGAGGAAUCAAAGAAGUCUUUACAAAGUACAAUGCAAAAAAUGACUGACUCAAUGUCUCUUAUGGUAGAAGGAAUUUCUUCUCGAAUGAGGAUGAUUGCUAUGGCCAUGUCGGCCAAACUCAGCAUCAGUUUCAUCCUUCUCACCCAGUACGUUACAAAAGCCAUGCUGAUGUGUCAAAAUGAUAUUCGUGGAAGACCCAAGGGAUAUAAUUCUGUAAUUUCACCUGACCCUGAAUUUUCAGGGCAACUGGGAGUGAGAUCGUAUACUCCAAGCCCCACCCCCUCCGAUUCAGUUUCUACAGAAAGUGAUGACAAUGGUUAUUUAAGGUAUUCCUGUUGACCUCAGUGAAAAAUGACUCAGCAGAAAGUUCAUUUCAGUUGAUAUUUAUCAUGAUCUCUGUCAAUAAUUGUAACAUGCAAUAACAAAAGCCCUGUUACCAAGAAAAACAUUGUUUCCCUAAGAAUCAGUCAGUUAAGUUCUCAUUGUUAAAUAUCUCCGAUAUUGUUUCUUGUCUUACUUUUAUACAAUAAAAGGUGUUGUGUUAACCAGAGUGCUGCUUGUAACAAAAAACCCUUUUGUUGGGGUUGGCAAGGGGGAGAAGGUAGGAAGGGUAGAAGAUAAUUAUUACAAUAAAAUUUUAAAUUCUAAAUGCAGCCAGUUGCCAUUCUCUUGUCAUUGGUACCAUAAUCAUAGUGCCAGCUAUUUUAACAGUAAGUAAAUUGUUUUUGAUAUUUUCUCUCACUUUCCCUUGUUGUCUAUGAUGUAUUUCUGUCAAUUUCAGUAUGAAUCACAGCAUAAUUUCGAUUGCUACAUGUAGAUCCCCUUGCCAACUAUUUCCCCUCCCCAUCACCACCACCACUGUACCACAGGCGGCUCAUAUGGGUCACUUAGUCUACACGCUAGGAACUCUGGGACAAUGUAAGGCUCAGUUGCUUAGGUCAUUAAAAGCAUGGCGGACAUGUACAACCUGUUAUUGACAAGUUUAUCUAUUAAAUUGGUGACGAGAACGAGAUACAAUGCCAAACGAAGGCGCACAAGAAGAAAACAAUACACACAGAGGUAAAGCGGGAAUCCUGGCAAGUGUUAAGGCGAGUGUGAGAAAGCAUGGAAGCUAUGGCGAGAACGAUUUGAGCAGGCAAUGCUAUUGAUGGCGGUGCGAAAACCAGAUUGGUAACAACAGAGAAGUUUGCUUUCGGUUAGGGCAACACUGUUCCUGUUAGUGGGCGGAGAGGAACUCCAGAAAUUAAUAAAAAUGUUACCGGAGCAGCCUAUAAAUUACGAGUUGCAUAUUCAAGAGCUAAACAACCAUUUUGAGGCACACCGAAAAAAUACCUCAGAGUUAUGCAAGUUCUUCAACAUCGACUGGCCCACCGAGUUACUGUUCGCGGAUUUUGAAACCAAAUGCAGAGAACAAGGGCUACACUGCAAGUUCCCGAUAACUACAGAAAAUGCUAUCAUCAUGCGGGCAGUGGUCAACACACAAAAAUGGAGAGCUACACAACGACUUGAUCCGAAAGAAUGGAGAACUGAUAUGAAAAUGAUCCUGAAACCGCAAAGGCGUUUGAAAUGGCUAAGUAGGGAAGUGAGAUGA